CGUCAUUUCACUGUAUUUCCCUCAGUGAGGGCUCCCUGCUUUAGAUGAGCGUACCAAACACCGCGAAACGUAUUCUUGUCGUCGGAGGCAAUGGCUUCCUGGGCUCGGCCGUCUGUCGAAUGGCUUUGGCGAAGGGAAUGGAGGUGACGAGCGUUAGCUCAUCCGGACAGCCCUGGCGAACGCCUAAGGGCCAUACUCCCGCAUGGGUAAAGAGGGUCGAGUGGCGCAAGGCAGACGUACUUGCAGACAAGCGCGGUGAACUCCAAGAAGUACUCGCAUCAUCACCCCCCUACGGCGCUGUCGUACACACUCUCGGAACUCUUCUCGAAGGCGGGGAGUACAAGCAGAGCGUGCGCGACUCAAAUCCCUUGGCUUUGGUGAAGAACCUCUUCCCCGGGUCGCGCAACCCACUCAAGCGGGAUUCACGGUGGAGUUACGAGACAAUGAACAAGCAGAGCGCCUUGAACGUUCUCUCGGACACCCUCUCGACUCGCAAGCCGAAGCCGGAGGACAAGUUCGCCUUCGUCUUCGCGUCUGCAGAGGAUAUUUUCCGUCCCUUGAUCCCAGAGGGCUACAUCGCUAGCAAGCGCGCCGCAGAGCGCGAGAUUGAGGCGACUAUCUCGAGAGAGAAUGCCCCUGUACGGAGCGUGUUUGCGCGGCCAAGUUUCAUGUACCACCCACACUGGCGCCCCUUAUCUACGCCUCCGGCUGCCCUGCUUGACCUCUUCGUAAACCUCGAGCGAGGGGCGCCGAAGGGUAUUCCGACCCCCGCGUCAAUCUUACGCUCGUUAGCAUCACCCGGUAGGGACCCCGCAGACCUCCCCUCCGCGCUGGCAUCGGUGGCGAACGCGCUGACCAUUCCGCCGAUGCACGUCGACCACGUCGCGGAGGCCAUCGUGCGUGCGAUACAGGACGAGUCGGUGAAGGGUCCCUUGGACGUCGUUCACAUGCGUGAAUUGAUAGGUUGGAGCUUGAAGGGUGCAGAUCCGGCGCACGCGUUGUAGCGUCGACAGAAGGGAUUCAUGUACUUCGUGUCAUGAAUUGGAAGCCUUCGAGACAAAGCAACACCUAGUUCUACAUCUUUCCGCCCUUUCGGAACGUGUCCCAAAACAAGUCGCCGAAGAGUCCUGUGAAUACAGUGCCGAAGGCGACGCGGGCGAGCGGCAAGCAGCUGCUGCAUCACCUUGCUUGCAAGGUCUUUCCCGUG